AUGAACGCCAUCUAUCCAAUGGGAGGGUUUCUUCAGAGACUUCACGCCUCUUUUCUUGUAUUGUGCAUAUCGCUCGGAGUUACUGGUUUCAUAAGCGUUUUCAUGGGAGGUCAUAGGUCACAUGUAUCUUCUGUAUAA